AUGGCACCAAGCUUGCUACCCGUCAUCAGACGAUUGUCGUUUCCCUUGGGCACUCCGGCCUUCGAAGCCGCACGCCAGUCGCUCAUCGAGGAGUUCUCAGCCAAGGUGCCGCGAGAAUACCACAUCUCCUCCUCCAUCAUCGACCACCCGCCCAAGAAUGUCAUCGACAUCCCACGGGAAUCCGGCAUCCUCUCUCAAGAGGAGAUUAACAUAACGGAGAACUUCGACGCCGUUGCCUUGGCGGCCGCCAUUGCAGCCAGAAAAUUCACCGCCGUCGUGGUUGCCACCGCAUUCGCCAAGAGAGCCAUCAUCGCCCACCAGCUGACGUGCUGCCUGACGGAAUGGUUCAUGGAAGAGGCCAUCGACCACGCCAGGGCGCUGGACGAGCACCUCGUUAAAACGGGCACGACGGUUGGCCCCCUGCACGGGGUACCCAUCAGCGUCAAGGAGAUGAUCCCCGUCGCCGGCCACCACUCCUCCCUGGGCUUCCUGGUCACCCGUCACAAGGACGAGUCCGACAGCCACAUGAUCGCCAUCCUGCGAAAGGCCGGCGCCGUUUUCUACUGCAAGACGGCGCAGCCCCAGGGGGUCAUGCACCUGGAGACCGUCUCCCUCCACGGCCGCGUGCUCAACCCUUACAACAUCGACCUGACGGCCGGCGGCUCGACGGGCGGCGCGGCCGCUCUGUUGGCCCUGCGCGGCUCCGUCCUGAGCGUCGGCACCGACAUCGGCGGCAGCAUUAGGGCGCCGGCGAGCUUCUGCGGCCUCUACGGCUUCAAACCCACGUCGUACACGCUCCCCAUGAAGGGCUUCGUCGGCGCCGACGGGUUUGCCGCGGAGCUCAACGUCCUCGCCUCGGCCGGGCCCCUGGGCGUUUCCCUGCGCGACAUGGAUUUCUUCGUGGCCGUCGUCAAGGCUGCGCAACCGCACCUCGAGGACCCGCGUCUCGUCCCGAUCGCCUGGAGAGGUCUGGCGGGCGGACGGCCAAAGGGGGCGACGCCGCCGCUGAGGGUCGGCUUCAUGAUGAACGACGGCGUCAUCACGCCCCAGCCGCCGGUGACCCGGGCCCUCGACUGGGCGCGCGCCCGGCUGAGCGGCUCUCCCGAUUUCGAGGUCAAGGACUUCGCGCCGUACCGCGUCGGCGAGGCGCUCCGCAACAUCCAGCUGGCCUUCUUCCCGGACGGGGGCAGGCAGAUCAGGGACGCCCUGGCGGCGACGGGCGAGCCCAUGCUCCCGCUCACGCAGUCCGUCAUCCGGGAGGCCGAGUCGGCCGGGCAGGACCUGGACGCGGCGGGCGUCCUCCGGCAGCGGGUGGCGCGGGACGACUUCCGGUGCGCCUUCGCGGCGCACUGGAACGAGGCGGGCGUCGACGUCGUCGUGUGCCCGGCCUACGUCGGCCCCGCGUGCGUGCACGAGACCGGGCGCUUCUGGAACUACACCGCCCUCUGGAACUACGUCGACUACCCGGGCGCCGUCGUGCCCACGCCGAUCAGGGCGCUGGGCAAGGGCGCCGAGAGCUACGGCCCCGGCGGCGAUGACGACGACGAGGCGGUGAUGGGCGCACAGGACGAGCUCGUCAGGAGGCUGUGGGCCGAGGGCGACUUCGAGGGCGCGCCGGUCGGGAUCCAGGUCGUGGCGCGCAAGUAUCACGACAACGAUCUCUUCGCGGCUCUCGGGGCGAUGGAGGGCCCUCUGGGGCUCGGGAGAGGGAACGCGUGGUAGAUGUGAGUCUAUAGGAGUCGUCUAUCUCUUGAAUCACCGUCGAUCGCGUCGUCAACUACUCAUCUUCCUGUCACAAUGCGGUGGCUAAAGUACAAAUUUUGUAAAGUCAUACAUACUUGCACAACCACGCGUGACGGGCUACCACAAGCAGACUGAAUUACUGGUCAAAGGUUUAGAAGAGUUGUAUUAAGUGUCUUUGUUUCGUACAAACGUUAUUAUAUCUGAGCUGAGUCUGAUCCCGAUGCUGCUCAUGACGCCGUGAUGGGAAAUAACCGAAUCGCCCAAAAGAAAAGGCCGAGAGCUCUCAACGGAGCCUCGAUGCCACCCAGUAAACUCCAUGUCGUGUCGGGGUAUCAUGCAAGUCGCUGUGCUAAAGCAUCCACCCAUUUUCUCCAUUCAUCCUUCGCACGCUGUCCCUCUUUAACGGAAACGUGGUCCCCAUCCCUCGCUCACC